CGCCCACAUAACCCCCUAUCUUAUGUUUCGCGCUAAACGGUGUCGGUUCUUUGAAAACACGAAGUCUGGGUUGGGACAUUAAGAGAGUUUUCAUAAGCAAAACGGUGUCGCAUGAGACAAAAUCGCACUUUCCAAAUUCCAAUAUUGUCCCAAGCAAAGCCCGGAAACUGCCCCAACUCUAACAGGGACUCUGAUCUCUUCGGCGACCCUAAAAACGUCCAAACACACCAAUCUUCCACGACCCACUUCCCCCGAUCGCUCUCUCUUUCUUCCUCUUUGUUUGGGAUCCAAGAAAAUUACAAACCCCCCUUGUUAUUUCCCCUUUCCUUAAUUUCAAAGGUUUUUUUCUAAUUAUUAUUUUUUUAAUCAAAUUAAGAUUAUCCAUUUGGAUUUGGAGGGUGUAGUGUACGUGAUAUGCGCUCUCGUAUUUAAACAGUCUCUUUUGCUAUGUAAAUAGCUUUCUGGGAAUGUGCUAUAUACACUACCCAGUCAGCGUUCUUAAAAACUUUUGGCUAUAUGUGCUUUAGUUUCCCAACUUUGUCAUGCACCCCUGUAUUUUCCGGGUUAGUGAUGCAAAGUAUGUGCGGGAACUAGUGCAAUGGCAACAUCUGGUAAGUUUGACAUCUCUGGUAGCCCAGACAGACCUUUAUAUAUCAGCGGGCAGCGCGGAUCCCACAUAGCUCCUCCAUUGGACAGAUCGGGUAGCUUUCGUGACAGCGUAGAUAAUCCAAUUUUGUCUUCUCUUCCGAACAUGUCAAGAAGCACCUCCUCAGUAGGACAUGGAGAUUUGCUGAAUUUCUUUCAUUGCAUAAGAUUUAAUCCAAAGGUCGUGGCUGCAGAGCAUAAAUCUCUCAUUCAAGCAGACUUUAAACGACAUGUAAAUGUUGCUCUUGGAAUUUCACCAGAUGAAUCUCCUUCUGUCUCUACAAAAGGAAAGAUGCUUCCAUCUCCAUCACCAGAGGAAAUCAAACGAGUCAAGUCUGGUCUGCGCGAAAGCAGUGUCAAGGCCAGGGAACGAGUGAAAAUUUUCAACGAAGCUUUAUCAGUAUUCAAUAAAUUUUUCCCAAAUGUACCAUCUAAAAAGAGAUCCCGAUCAGAAGGUUUUCCUAGUGAUCGGUCUGGUGCAGUGUUGUCGAAUGACCGGUCAGGUUUAGGGCCAAGCAUGGGUAAGAUAGGAAUUCAAAGUCACUCCAUUCCAGGUAGUUUUGAAUUAGAGCAGCAGAAGUCAGAAGAAAGGACAAAAACUGCUCUCCCAAACAAACGCACUCGGACUUCUUUUGCGGAUGCUAAGAUGGAUGGGCGGAGUAACACACUACUCAGGCCAUCUGGGGUUGUAGAUAGGGAUAGAGAAAUGCUGAGGCUUGCAAAUAGUGGUGCAGUACAGGGUGAGGAUAGAACUUUAUCUAUUGGAGUUGAUGGCUGGGAAAAAUCAAAAAUGAAGAAGAAGCGUUCUGGGAUAAAACCAGAUGUUUCUCCAAGUAUUGUAUCAACUAAAUCAAUUGAUGGCUAUCGGGAGACCAAACAAGGAAUGCAGCAAAGACCAAUUACUGAUGCACGAUCAAGGUUAAAUAAUGACUCGCAUGGAUUUAGGCCAGGAUUAACCGGUGGUGUUGUUGGAGUUGGAAAAUCAGAUGUAAUGUCACAACAGACUGGCUUGGGAAGCCGUUCAUCCCUCCCUAGGACAGAUCCGGAUAACAGUUCCCUUAUCAAUGAUAAGAGAGAUCGUCCUAUUGGUUCAGAUAAGGAAAGGGUGAACGUUAGAGCUGUUAAUAAGGCAAAUACUCGUGAUGAAUUAAAUUCAGCUAGUCCUAUUUCAAAUGCAAAAGUAAAUGCAUCUGUCCGAGCUCCACGAUCAAGUACGGGAGUUGUGCCUAAGUUAUCUCCAGUUGUUCAUAGAGCAACUGCUUCCAAUGACUGGGAGAUUUCUCAUUGUACAAACAAGCCCCCUUCUGGUGUUGGAGCUAAUCGAAAACGGAUGGCAUCCACAAGAUCUUCCUCCCCACCUGUCCAUUGGGCAGGCCAAAGACCACAAAAGAUCUCCCGUACUGCAAGACGAUCAAAUUUUGUUCCUAUUGUUUCAAGUAAUGAUGAAACUCCUACCAUGGAUAGCCCAUCUGAUGUUAGUAAUGACAUUAGUUUGGGAUAUGCAAAACGCAUGCCAGGCAAUUCGCCUCAGCAAGUUAAGUUAAAAGGUGAUCCAUUGUCUUCAGCUGCCUUAUCUGAAAGUGAGGAGUCAGGACCUGCUGAAAUGAAGUCUAGGGACAAAGGAAAAAAGUCUGAUGAUGUAGAUGAGAAAGCUGCACAGAAUAUUCAAAAAGUGUCCCCGCUGGUCUUGUCAUCAAGAAAGAAUAGACUAGUAACUGGGGAAGACCUUGGGGAUGGUGUUCGGAGGCAGGGGAGGACUGGGCGAGGAUUCGCUUCGACGAGGUCUCUUAUGCCAAUGACAGUAGAGAAGAUAGGCAAUGUGGGAACGGCAAAACAGCUUAGAAGUGCCAGACUUGGUUUUGAUAAAACUGAAAGUAAGGCGGGUCGUCCACCAACUAGAAAACCUUCUGAACGCAAAACCUAUACACGCCAAAAAAAUACACUUAAUGUAGCUGCAGAUUUUCUUGUUGGGUCAGACGAUGGGCAUGAAGAACUUUUGGCUGCUGCAAAUGCUGCUGUUAAUCCUGGCCGUGCCUGUUCCAGCCCAUUUUGGAAGCAGAUGGAGCCUUUUUUUGGUUUUAUUUCUGAUGCAGACAUUACUUACUUGAAGCAACAGGGAAACAUUGAAUCAACUGCACAGACAGCUGCCCAAGCUCCUUCAAGUGUAGAUGCUUGCAAUAAUUUGCCUAAUGGAUUUGGGUUAAUCGAAUCUGAAUCAAGGAAUGAUGAAUUCCUUUUAGAACAAUUAGAAUCAGGAACAGGAGAUCAUAAUGAAAUUCCCCUUUGUCAAAGACUCAUAGCAGCGCUGAUUUCAGAGGAGGAUUAUAGCAGUGGAAAUGAAGAUCUGAAAGAUGAUGCAUAUCAACCUGAACUUGAUCUGGAUGGAGAGUUAGGAUCAAAUAGUUUUGAUCACCAAUCAUUACUUAACUUUCAGUUUGCUGGGAAGACUGCCUUUAAUGGUUAUAGGAUAAAUGCGCAAUCAGAACACAAUGAGCUGGAAACUGAUAUGGCUGACAUAGCACACAAGACAAUGAACUCGAACUUGAGUCAUCCAUUAAAUGGCUUACUACCAGACCAAGAACUGAUGCCUAACAGGCCCUGCUCAGAAAUUCAAUACGGAAUUAUGCCCAUGAAUGAGAAACUUCUCUUGGAGAUUCAAAGCAUUGGAAUUUUCCCAGAAUCAGGGCCUCACAUAGCACAAAUAAGGGAUGAAGAAAUCAGUCAGGAGAUAAGUAAAUUUGAGGAGAAGUAUCAUGAACAGGUCCUCAAAAGGAAAGGCUUGCUGGAUAGGUUGUUGAAGUCUGCCUCAGUAACAAAAGAUCAUCAUGAGAAGGAGUUUGAACAGUGUGCUCUUGAUAAACUCGUCACAAUGGCCUAUGAAAAGUAUACGGCUUGCUGUGGUCCGAAUACUAGCGGGAAGAGUUCGAGUAAUAAAAUGGCCAAGCAAGCUGCUUUAGCAUUCAUUAAGAAGACAUUGGAACAAUGUCAUAAGUAUGAAGAGACGGGAAAGAGCUGCUUUAACGAACCCUUAUUUAGGGAUAUCUUUCUUGCGGGAUCUAACAUUAAUUAUGCGCGACAAGCUGAUUCUGCAACAGAGGGCGAAUCAAGCAAAGGAUAUGCUUCCAUCCGGUAUUUGGAAGGCAGAAUUUCAGCUUCCAUGGGUUCACAGCAGAGCCCGUCCCAGUUCGGUCAGAUUGUUGAUAACCACGAUAUUUCUUCAGAUGUGCUUGUGCCUGGGAAUCACUUAUCUGAACAAUCUAUAGGGAAAGAAGAUAUGUGGUCAAACAGAGUGAAAAAGAGGGAAUUGUCACUUGAUGAUCUUGGCAAUACAAUUGGCACUUCAAUAGCUCCAGGCAUGGGAACAUCUCUGUCAAGCAGUGCUAAAGGAAAAAGGAGUGAGAGGGACAGAGAUGGAAAAGGGCAGAAUAGAGAGGUGUUAUCUAGAAAUGGAAAUGCCAAAAUAGGGCGCCCUUUAUCCAAUGUUAAGGGAGAAAGAAAAUCUAAAACAAAGCCUAAGCAGAAAAUGACCCAGCUAUCUGUUUCAGUAAAUGGCCUUCUUGGCAAGGCAUCUGAGCAAGCUAAAUCAGCAGUGCCUUCUAUGUCAAGGUCAAACGAAAUGACUAGAAGCAAUAAUGCCAAGGAAAAGAAUGACUUUGGCUUAGGUGUAUUGGAUGACCCUGAGUCUAUUGACUUGUCUCACCUGCAAAUACCUGGAAUGGAUGUACUGGGUGUCCCUGAUGAUCUUGAUGGUCAAGGGCAGGAUUUGGGUUCAUGGUUGAACAUUGAUGAUGAUGGAUUACAAGAUCAUGACUUUAUGGGCGGCCUUGAAAUUCCAAUGGAUGACCUCUCAGACUUAAAUAUGAUGGUUUGAAGCUUCUCUGUAUAGACUUGUUCAUUAUACGAUUGACAAACGAAACAAAACUGCUGUUGUCAAGAAAUGACCAGUUAUAUGUUAGUCAUUUGGCUCUCCUGUCUACAGUUAGGUUAUAUAGAUUCUUUUUUAGGCUCCAGCACAAGUUGAUUUUUGAGUGAACCUUUCGGAUGUUUUUUCUUUUAUUCUGCUGUAUUAAGUCGGUGACUUUGACUGUAAAGAUCUUUUUGUUCAAGGUACAAGUUAGUAUGUCUUAGUGAUUAUAUCUUAGCAAACAUGUAUUCCGCUGUAGCUUUUACAAAUCAGAGAACAAUGCCUCUUGUAAAUACAUUUCAUAAUCCUAAUAAAAUCAGCUUUUUGGUCAACAAGAAAAUCUCUCAUGGCGCAGCUUGGAAUAAAAGAUUGAGCUUGCCAAUGGUAAGAAUUCUUCUUAUCUAGUCUUUGUCAGCUUCACUAUAAAUUUGAGGCAGAUUUCAACUGGCCAGACAGUUUUGGAUUUGCUCACAAGGACUAUAUUAGAACCUGGAAGAAAUCGAGCGUCCGUCUUUCCUGUAUUCAUACAUUGUACUUAAUCUCAAAUUACUAUGUUUGGCUACGCUGCAACUCAAAUGAAUUGAGGUUUAUCACUGCAACUCAGAACAUCAUAUUAUAUUUUGACGCUCAGCUCAGGUUACCCAUCAGUGCCAAAUAAUCUUGUGGCAGGCUCAUUUCUUACUCUGGUGUGUUGCUCACCAUCAGGUCCUUGUCAACGGUUUAGAAAUUUCAAAGUUAGUCACUCAAGAAUUUGCAUCUUAAGCUUUGGAUUUGUUUGCAGGUAGCAUCUUCAUCACACUGAUACACACAUUCACGUAGGUCUUUUUUUUGGUCAGACCAAAUACUGGUUUCUUCUGUAACAGUGUAAUAGUUUGUUUUUCAUAAAGGAUAGUCUAUAAUGUACUGUCCAGCUUAAAUUUUGUUCUUCCAAAUAUGCAGUAGGACUGCUGUGAGCUCUCUUGUAUUUCGAGUUGCAACCUGCAAGUGCAAUGGAGCUCCUGAUCUAGAGUGUUGUCUUCAUUAAGCUUUAGUUGUACUGCUUAUUUGUAAAUAUUCUCCCUGUAUAUUAAAAAAUAUUGAAGUGAAAGAUUAAAGGGUAUAGUAACGAUCAACAUCAUUUGGAUA